UUGGCUUCUCCCUGUGGUGACUGAAGGAUGCAACGUUUCCAUGGACCUCCCAAACACACCAGGAGCAGGAAGUGGAAUUUCAGGACUUUUGAAAUCAACCUGACGCUCUUAGAGGACCCCUGGAUUCUCAGCCAAUCUGUGCAUAUUUGACCAGCUCACCUGUGAUCUUUUUCUGAAGGAACAGGGAUGACUGCGAGUCCUCUGCUCCAAUCCCCCCCCCAGUUGUGUUCCAGCAGUGGGGGUCCUCUUGCAGAAGGGACGGCAUGAAGGAUGAAAUAGCAGCCACAGUCUUCUUCAUCACCCGCCUGGUCAAAAGACACAACAAGCUGAACAAGCAACAAAUGGAGAUGUUUGCAUCCACGUUGACCACCCUUCUCUUCGAGAGGUAUAAAAACCACUGGUAUCUCGACAACCCCACAAAAGGACAAGGCUUCCGGUGCAUCAGGCUAAACCACUUGCAGGCAAAAGAUCCGCUCUUGGACCAAGCAUGCAGUGCGAGCAACGUGGACUUUCACAGCCUGGGUUUGCCCAAAGAGAUGACCAUCUGGGUUGACCCCUUUGAUGUCUGCUGCAGAUACGGCGAGAAAAAUCCAGCGUUCACCGUGGCUCACUUCACAGGCCAAGAGAACGACCACGAUGUGUCUCAGGGCAUCCGGCAGGCAGUGGAGAAGGCUGCCUCCUCCUCGUCUUCCUCUUCCGAUUAUCACUCCUGCACUUCUUCUGACGAGGACAGCACCACCAGGGAACCCAAAAGCAUCCCAACGGUUAGCAAUCCCAACAGCAUCUAUCAGUGCAGUGAGCCGUUCCCCCUCUGGACCCAAUAUUCUCGUAGAAGAUGCUUUGUUCCGGAUGGCAUCCAGCCGAAUCCUGCCGCUGCUUACUAUCUCCACUACAAGGGGUACAAAGCCUGCCGCCCCUCAUUGCCCUUCAGUUGUCCCCGAGUGGACAGGUACCACUGGGUCAGCUCCAGUCGAUAAAGCUCUGAUUUACACUCAGGCCAGAGCCCUGAAUAAGCUGGCAGCCGAAACGUCGGACGGCAGCUGGUGGCUUCCCCAGGAGAAAACCCAAAAAGUUUUGGAACACUUUAGGACAAUCCUUGUCCCCAACUCACUCUCUCGUUCUCUCUCUCUCGUGUGUGUGGAGUUUUAAAAAAUUAUGUGCUUUGUAAGCUUUUUUUUAAUGCAUGCUUACAAGGGGCGGUCUCUUUUAAGACAUUUUUAAUACUGUUUUUAAAAUGGCGACAAAUGAAAAAUGAACUCCGAGACUGCGCUUGUGGAAAAAUGUGAAAAGGAAAUUCUCUUAUUAAUAAAAUGGAAUGUUUUCUUGGUUGCUUUUUAAAGAACUAGUUACUCUGUGAAGAAGAAGGAGGGAGAGGAAUGUAGA